AUGAAUAUAUUCCAACUGGCAUCUUCCUUACAUUACUUGGUUGAAGGGUUCUCACCCGCAGCCAUUGCUCUAAAUUCAACAGCUGAAUCAUUUUCAACCAUAUAUGGGACUUUAAAGACCAUCAGUGAAACAGAUCCAACAUCUGCUGCUUCUGCUUUGAGUCUUGUUGAAAGAGCUUGGGCUGCUUGGUAUAUCUGGAUGAACAAUGAUGUUCUUGCUACUGGUUUAUUAUUCUUUCUCACCCAUGAAUUGAUGUAUUUCGGUAGAUGUUUACCUUGGUACAUUAUAGACCAUAUACCAUAUUUUAGAAAAUGGAAAAUCCAACCCAAUAAAAUCCCCCUGGAUAAAGAACAAUGGGAAUGUUUUAAAGCUGUUAUCAAAUCUCAUUUAUUAGUGGAAGCUUUACCUAUUUGGUUAUUCCAUCCCUUAUGUGCUACUUUGGGUAUUUCUAUCGAUGUCCCCUUCCCAGCUCUAAAGGUAAUGGCUGCUCAGAUUGCUUUAUUCUUUGUUUUGGAAGAUAAUUGGCAUUACUGGGCUCAUAGAUUAUUUCAUUACGGUCCAUUCUAUAAACAUAUUCAUAAGCAGCAUCAUAAAUACGCUGCUCCCUUUGGAUUAGCAGCUGAAUAUGCUCAUCCAAUUGAAGUUAUGAGUUUAGGUUUUGGUACUGUUGGCUUCCCCAUCAUUUACGCUUACUGUACCAAACAAUACCCUCAAUUGAAUUUACCAGUUUUACAUUUGUUCACCUUGACUGUCUGGAUUGUUCUCAGAUUAUUCCAAGCUGUGGAUUCUCAUUCAGGUUACGAAUUCCCUUGGUCUCUUCACCACUUUUUCCCACUUUGGGCUGGUGCGGAACAUCACGAUGAUCAUCACCACUUUUUCAUUGGUAACUACGCUUCAAGUUUCAGAUACUUGGAUUACUUGCUAGGAACGGAAUCAGGAAUCCCUGCUAACAUUGUAAGAGAAAGAAAGAUGAGACAAAAGGCCGAGGCAAAGUAG